AGUGGAUUAUUAAACAUUGUUAAAAUGAACAUUGUCGCUUUUCGAAUUCUGGGGGUUGUUGGGAGAUGCAGCUGUCAGAGACUGAAUCAGUAUUUUCUACAGACAUCGAGAUUAAGUUUGACACGGACGUACGGUUCUGCUUUGUUUAUUCCGGAUAAAAAGGGCCAUGAAAGUUAUUCUUUCUUAUCACCAAAAUUGGACUUCGAUAAGAGGUUUAAUGAUCUCGAUAGGUUGAAAAAAGAAAUGUUGUUGCGCAAUGUGGACAUUGACGUAGUCUCAUUAAAGGAAGCUUGGGAAUCCUAUAAAUGUGUCCUUGGAAAGAAACAGAUUUUAGAGGAGAAAAGAGUUCAGAUAGCAGAUCGAUCAAAAGAUUUGCAUCAGAAAGCAAAACGUACUGCCGAGGAAGAGAAAGAGUUACUCGAGCUUCAAGAACAGGGGAAACUUGUUAAGAAGGAUCUAAAGGAUAUUAGAGAUGUUAUAUUUGAGUAUGAAGAAAAUUCUAUAAUACCGGCUUUCAAAUUACCAAAUGAGUUAGAUCCUAGGACACCUGCUGAGUCAUCGAAAAUAAUGGAUAUUAUUGGAGUCUUACAAGAGAUACCCCGAGAACAUAGAAAAAGUCACGUACAAAUUGGAACGUCCUUAGGGUUAUUAGAUUACAGAAGUCCUAUAGAAUACUAUUUACUUGACAAUGCAGCUUUCUUUGAAUUAGGAGUCUUGGAACUAGCAGGUCGACUCUUUAAAGAAAUGGACAUGACACGAGUGGCAGGAAUGGAUUUCAGUCACAGUCGCUUAGUCGAAGGCUCAGGCCUUGAUUAUGAAAAUCCUACUGAUACUUUUAUCCUUCAGGAUGACUCAGUUAAAAUAUCAGAUCAUAUGCAUUUAGUUGGAAGUGCAACCCUUAUUUCUAUUCUAGCUUUAUACACAAAACAAUUAUCACGUCCUUCACUAUUUCCAGUAAAACACUUUGCUACUGGAAGGGAGUACAAGCCUGUUCUUGAAGAUACGCCGCUUAAUGGUUUGUUUACCAUUUGUCAGUCAUCCGUAGCACACGCUUUCAUCAUGGUCAAAGAUGCCGAAGAUGCAGAAAUAGAACUUGAAGAUCUUCUUCAAACGGUUAAAAAAUUAUACAGAAAUAUUUGUAGUCAUUACAGAAUUGUAAAGAGAUCGGCUGCAGAACUGCGCUCGUGGGAAAGUUUACGUAUCUCCUUUGAAAUGUGGUCACAAUUCUCUGGAGAAUACAUUGAAGUGGGACAUAUUUCAACGUAUGGUGAUUUCUUAAGCAAACGUUUGCUUAUUGGGUAUCAGGCACCUAAAGGAAAUAAGUUUCCUCUAAUUAUAUCUGGAAUGGUACUGUCGGUACCACGUGUGCUUGGUUGUCUUCUGGAACAAAACCCUGAUAAAUUUUUAAUACCACCAGAAGUAGAAAAAUGUUUUCCACAAUACUGUGCUGCAGAAUUCACCGAUUAGAAGUAAUAAGUUUGUAUCCAAAGUAGUUAUAUAAUAAAAAAUGGUUUAUAAUGUAUGCAAGUUUAUAAAUACUAAAAUGUUUUGAUUA